GCUAUCUCAGCUCCGGAACUCAAAGUCCCUGCCUUCACGUUUCAAGUCUUCACUCAUAACUUCAUAAGUCACAACUCUCUCUCUCUCUCUCAGUGGGUAUAUAAAAGACCACUCACUACUCCCAAGAUAUCUCCUCCCCCCUUUCUUUGCUUUGUUCUGUCCCCAUCUUGAAUCUACCAUCUCCACCUACUUCUAUCUCCUCCUUCUCCAAGAAAGCCUAAAACACAAAAGGCCCAAAAAUGCCAUCCGACGAGCACAAACCCGUGAGGGUCCAGCAGAGCUUCCCUCACCCUCCACCACCUCAGACUCAACCGCUCCCUUGCCCUCGCUGCGGUUCCACCUCCACCAAGUUCUGCUACUACAACAACUACAACCUCUCCCAGCCCCGCCACUUCUGCAAGUCCUGCCGCCGCUAUUGGACCCAGGGCGGCACCCUUCGCAACGUCCCCGUCGGUGGUGGCACCCGCAAGAGCAUCACCAAGCGCUCUCGCUCUACCACUAGUACUUCUUCUUCCUCCUCCUCUUCGUCUUCGUCCACCGUGACCAGCGAGGCCGUGCACGCGAACCCCAUCUCGGUUUUGCCCGAGAUGGUCUCGCAUGAUGUCAGCCUGAAUGAUAACGUCGCGGUGGGUGGUGGGUACGUUAAUGGGAGCUUCAAUUUCUUGCUGAACUCUCAGGGUCCGGGGUUCAUGGGGCCGGGUGGGUAUGGUUUGGGGUCCAUGCCCGGGUUCGAUGAGAUGGGGUUCGGCUUGGCCGGAGGAGGGUCUUGGGCAUUUCCCGAAGUCGGUGACUUUGGCGUUGGGAGUGGCAAUGGAGCAUCGGUGGCUUCUGCAGGGUACAACACGUGGCAGAUGACCGGUACGGAUGAAGCCGGAUUGAAUGACGGCGGGGAUUCCUUUGCUUCUCCGGACCUUGCCAUUUCAACCCGGCCUGGCCAUUUCUAGAGAAAUAGUGCAUUUACCCAUUACCAGGAAAUGCUUUUUACGUUAUUAUCUUUUGGUUUUUGGCUUUGGAUUUUGGUGGGUUUAAUUUCUUUUCGAGAUACUGGGGAUCAAGUGUUAUCAUUCUUCCUUCCAAAAUUAAUGGGUCAAAGUUUGCUUCUUUUGUGGGUCAGUGUUGGUGGGGUAUAGAGUCGUAGACUGGUAUAGGUUUCAUAGCAAAAGACUAGGUUGAAAGCUUUAGCCUUUACCUGAUGCAUGGAUAGUGGUUCCUGAUCUGGGUCCUCCAUCAUUAGGUAGGCUUUCUUUUUGUUUUUUCAUGCUUCUGUAAAUCUUUUGGUCUUUCUUGGACAAAUGGAUGGAAGAAAAAAAAAGACAAGAACAUCCAUUUCAGGAGUUUUAUACUACAGUUACCUACUUUGAGAAAGGCAA